AUGGGACCAUUCCCGACCUGCGACAUCGCGCGAAAGCACCGAUACCGCUACCACUCCGUCCCUAUACUAUUCCUGAUUGGUGGGAACGAGUACGUUGUAGGCCAAUCCGAUGGACAUUAUUCGUGCCCGCUCCCGGAGUGUAAGUUCAUUUCCAAAAAGCGUGAAGCUAUUCAGAAGCACAUCAACGUCGCACACAACACAUCAGUCAAAAUCAAGGUCUUUGAUGCUCCUGAGUGUCUUGUGGCCUCCAAACAGGUUCUCGAUCAGGACAGCGGUGUCCGCGAUGGGACUGGCAACCUCAUAUGCCCACAGGAUGUCUGGUCCGACGAUUUAGUCCCAGAAGGUCCAUCCCGUGAGGAUGUCUGCAGCAGAGAUCCUUCCUUUGAUAUGGACUCCAGCACUGUCUCAUUGUCGCCAUCAGUAGACUACUUGAUGUCCAACGAGGUUCUAGAUUCUCUCGGCGUGUGCUUUCACAGCCAUUUGAGGUUCCUUAUCUGCUACUCGUGCAAGGUCGCAUUGACCUCCGGGAUGGUUUCUGGACACAGGAAAAAGCACCAUCAUGCGUAUCAGGUACCUUCAUCCACCAUGGAGUCAUUCCUGGACUAUUGUUCGCGGUCAAAUGUUCACGAGAAGCCAGAGCAUGUCAAGCUACCAACAGCAGGUGGACCACCUGUACAGAUGAUUGCGUCCCCCGUUGAAGGUUUUUCAUGCACUGCAUCCGCUGAUUGCGUGUAUGCCGUGAAGGAUUUAGGAACCAUUCAGCGCCAUAGUAGAGAGAAGCACAGCGUUACCGGCUUACAGGAGAUCCAGUAUCGGUCUUGUCUGGUCCAACAUAUCUUUACUGCUGUUGGCAACUCGUAUUUCGAGGUUGGGCAAAACGUCAUUCCAUCUGCGAGACCCAAUCUCAAAUCCACGCUUAAGGCUACAUUCCUACCUGCAGUUGAGCUUUCAUUGGUCGUUCCAGCCAAUACCGAACGGGAGAGGACUCCCCUGAUACGCUUCAUGGGUUGGGACAGGUUCGAGGUAGAACUCCGGAUGAAUCCAGCCCGGAGGCGGGCAGCGGAACAAAUCAAAAAAAAGCAUAGCGAUGAUGAAUUUGGCGGAAUUCUGACCCGUCUCGCUGCUGCAGUGCAAGACCACAUGGCUAGGGCAUCGACCAUCUUGGAUGGUCAUCCUCAUAGGUUGAGCCUGUCUAAAAUACUGUUGUAUGGUGACGCAAUACCGCGAGAAACGGACAAUCAUUGGAGGCCUGUGUCGGAUGAAAACGUCGAGUAUCCAGGCUUCAUUGUUCAAUUCAUGAGGGCGAUCAUGCGCGUUCACCUCGGAUUCCCAUUGGAUUUCUCGUUCGAGCUGUCUGCUGCGCAGACCCUGUGUCUCGAGGAACUUGUGACUGUGCUGGGCGACGAGAAUGCCUCCCCACGAAAGAGGAUGAUUUUCUACCAUAAUUUGGCGUGGUCCCUAGUCGAUACCGAUCCAGAUUUGUGCGUGGGCCAGCGAUGGGCAAACCCUAUCAAACGAGCCAUCUGGCUCAGGGCGUUGCGUGCGGACGGAAACUUCUGUGAAGCGUCCGUCCUCACACCAGAUCUUGCAAAGUUUAAAUAUCUUUGCAACGUCACAUCCCUCCUUGAGGCGCUGAUGGACAAAGACGAGGAUACGGACUCAGUACAUUCAGACGACCAUGACCGCGUUGCUCGUGUUCAUGAUCGGGUGCUACGCCUCGGCCGUCCGACUACGUUCAACAUCAUCUAUGAGAUGCAGCAAUAUGCGUCCUCUUUGGUGUUUAGUCAAACCAGAGAACCCAAUGUCUAUGUCGAUCCAGACGUCAAGUCCAUCACGAUAGGCGUCCACACCAUGCACAUGGACAAGCUGAGAGACGGGAUACAAAGGCUCCUCCAGGUGUCAAAGUCGCGCUAUUCCGCCCUCACCAAUGACAUUUUCAUGUUGAAGAUGAUGCCAGAGCAGGUCAAGGACGACCUCACCAACUCUACUCGUGGCUAUUCGCUCGUAUCGGAGGACCCCUUUUUUAAAAAUCGCCACGCCAUGUUCUUUUACUUGGUUGAUCACUACGACCUGGCAAUGGUCGACAACGCAGGACGAAUCGCAUGGAACAUCCCCGGCAUCAAGGAUCUGCUCAGACGCUCGUCAUGCGUCUGGGAGCCCAUCUACCAUCUUCUGUACAUCACCACUCACAUCUCAUGUCGCGGAACCCAGUUCGUAGACCACAAAAUCAGCAAUUCGGACAGGCAUCGCAACCUCUUCAUGCAGGGGAUGGAGAUGUUCCUCCUGACAGCUUACAGCAAAAGGACCGGCAUUACUGAUCGAGACUCAUGCACCCCAGGGUUCGUUCCGAAGGACAUCGCAUUCUUGGUGCUCGAAAUGAUUGCAGGGGGGUUGCGCACCGCCGAAGCCAUCCUUGCUGGGGUUGCAUAUGGAGCAGAGGCCGAGCAUCUGUACAGAACGUACCUCUGCGUCGGUGAGGGCGUGAGGACAAGUCCUACAAGGUUUUCCGCCAACAUUCAGCAGUGGAACCAUGAUUACUUCGACUGUCGAUGGGGAGUCAGGGAUUUCCGCCAGGGCGCGAUUACCAUUGGUCGUGAAUUCAUCGCUCCAGACGACUCUUAUGAUCAAGCCGACAACAUCCUCGCUGAAUCCGCAGAUCACUCCACUGGUGUGGACCAUACACACUACGGCAUCGUCCAAGGAGUCGUCCCUAGAUUGUCCAACAACAGCAUGUGCAAGCACAGAUGGCUUGGAGAUCAGUGGCACAGUGUCCUUGGUCUUGGCCCCCUUGCGCCUCCAGAGGCAAUAAGAAUCAGGCACAAGAAUAUGUCUAACGGGACGACGCUCCAGGCCAUCGCAGAUGUGGUCAAGAAGACCACGCAAGAAACUAUCAAAGAGUUUUUGGACGCACACCGCACUGACGUCUUGAAGGACACAAUUUCUACAGCCAUAAUCAAACAGCUAAAAGACGCGACAGAUGAUGCACCGGAAAUUUCAUCGCCACUUCCAACAACAUGGAACGGGGGAUCGUUUCACUUGAGCAGUAAUUUGGACGCCAUGUUCUAUGAAGAAAGCGAAGGUAUCCGGCGAGACCCUGCUUCCUCAUCAGGUCCCAGUGGGUACAAUAACAACAGUGUUAACGCGUCCCCUGUUGUUGUGUCGCCCACUGCAAGUGGUUAUAUUCAAUGCGGAGAAAUGCUUUCGGACUCCCCACUCCCAGUAUCGUCGAUAACGAGCAUCUCACAGACCGAAUACAUAGAAGGGUCCACGACAUUCUCCGACGUGGUCCCAACAACGCAUCAGUCCGAGUUUCCUCCAUUCAAAGAUCGCAAAGGGAAGGGCAGAGCUUAUGAAACACCAGAACCUCCAUUGGUUGAUGGCGUCAUGUCGUCGUCUAUAUCUCCUAUCGCAGACAUCAAAGGGAAACGGAAGCGUGGCGACUAUGAGAACAUCCAUUCUCGAGCAUUCGCCAAUCCAGCUAGAGCGUCCAGAAGAAAACACGCGCCUCGCAGUGUCUCGCAUCACAAUUCCAUCCCAUCUACGUCCGGUUCAUACCCAGUCACACCAACUGCACACCGCGCACGGAAGUACGCACCACGGGUCAAACUAUCAUUAGAACGCGUCGCGGAAUCGACGAAACACGUUCGCAGGUUGUCUUCGGAGGUGAUGGAUAUCUCCAGCGACGAGGAGUUGUCCAGUCUUGAUACUAUACAGCUGAAACGCCUUCGUGGGUCGAGAACAUCAGUACCCCAGGUGCCUGUGGAGGUCAUCAGCCUCUCUAGCAGCGGUGAGGACUCGAGCCCAGACGAGAACAUGCCUAUCAAACGUCUUCGUAAGACCGCAGCAUCAGUCCAACAGAUGCCGAUCGAUGCAGCUAGCUUGUUUUCUGGCGAAUGCAGCCCAUCAAAACGUGCAGUCACUAGUUUUGGUACACCAUCAUCGCCCCCAAGCGCCGUUCAGGACGUUCAAGAGAACAUUAGACGAGCGAUCAGACACAUCAGGAAGGACGAUAGUGCAACAGAAAAGACCCCCGAUCAGAUGGACAUGCUAAUGGCAGUAAUGUCAGCACAUACGGACCUCGUCAUCACGAUGAGGACAGGAGGCGGCAAGAGCAUGUCGUGGAUGAUUCCAUCAGUGAUGGAUGAAAAUUCCAGGUCUAUUGUGGUGUGCCCGUUCGUAGCUCUGCUGGACCAACAGUUCAUGGCUACCGCGUCUACUGGACUACGUUGCCACAACUACUGCGUCUCCAAGGUCGUUCCGGAGAAUGCACAGAUUUUGUUCGUGCAGGUAGAGCAUUGCUCGUCGCAUCCGUUUGAAAGCUUCCUUGUAUCUCCACUCGGACGGAAGUUCAACAGGGUGUUUGUAGACGAAUUCCACGACAUCAUGAACUGUCAUCCAGGACGAGUUGUUCCAUGGAAAAAUCUCGCGCAGCAAUUCGGAAAGACGCUAAUCAGGAUUGUGCUUAUGACAGGGACGGGACCACCGCACCGUAUCGCAAAUUUCAUCAAACCAUUUGGAUUGCAUCUUGGCAUCGUCACGCAAGUUCGGUCGGAUACAAAUCGUCCAGAGAUCGGGAUGCAUGUCAUACAAAUACAGCCUAUCGCGGCCAUGCAGUCUCUGGGACACCUCGUCUCCGCUCUAUGCAAACUACUUGCUGAGGAGGAACGUAUUCUGGUUUUCUGCGGCUCCCAGGGGGACGCACAAGCAUUCGCAGUGAAGGCCAAUUGUGCGGUUUAUCAUAGCGAUCUCUGGGAGGCUGGAAAUAGCAGAGCAUCUAACCUUUCUCGGUGGGAUUCAGGCGAUACAAAGGUGAUGGCAUGCACCACAGCAUUUGCCCAGGGUAUGGACAGGCCUCACGUCCGAUAUGUUGUGAUCUUUAAACCUUCGUACGGCCUUCUCGUCAACAACCAGAUGCUCGGUCGUGCAGGCAGAGACGGAAAGGAGUCUCACGUAUUUUUCCUUACUGACAGACGAGCGAAGACAUACAGAGGACCACCGACUGAUCAAUGUAUCGGAGAGUUGGACGAUCUAGUACACGGUACGGAAUGUCGGCGCUUCGCCAACAUGACCUGCAUGGAUGGCCACAACCUCGCUGUGCGGUGCACGGAUUACCCUCCAGGGAUCCAUUGCGACGUUUGUGAUCCGAACAGCGUCAUGCAGCGAUUGUCCAUUCAGGCAAUAGCAAACCCAUUCAGGCCACCCGAGGCAUCCGAGCAUGCAGUAACCCCAGUUUUUGCAAGUGGAUCUAUGCUUCAAGCACCCACGCAUGCUCCUCCGCCCUUAUCUACUGGAUUUGUGCCAGUGUCGUCGCUUCUUUCGAUGAAUAUGAUUUCCCACACGAUCACCCCACAGCCUUCUCAGUCGAGCGAUGCUUUGUACGACGCGGGUGCAUUAGAGCUCACUUCAUUUCAGGCUUUGAUGCUCGACUCCAUGGAGGAAAUCCAUGGUAAGGGUAAUGGUGAAUCUUCAGACAAGUCAUAUACGACCAAAUCGCAGCCAUCUCUAGGAAGGCCGUCCAUAUCGAGACUCCAUCGACCUCAUCGCUUCCCACACUGCCCGCCUGGACAAGUACAUGAAGGUCUUAAAGGACAAGUGUCCGUCACAUUUUGGUAA